CUCCUCCUCUAAUACAAACCCCGUGAUCACCCAUUCACCGGUGCUUGGCGUGCUUUAAGGGGGGGAAACAAUAAGCCGACCAGUCGCGUUGGUGCAGAGAGGGGGAAAAAAAGUAACCGGCAGACAGGCUGACAGGUGUCGCGGAAGUUUACGCUCGCAUCCCUCCGCGUCUCUUGGUCAGUAUCUGGAUUAAGGAGGCUGUGACUGGCGGUCAUUCGGCUCCGGCUGAUCCCGUGGUUGUCCCUGCCUCGGCCCCCUGAGCACCGACACCUGCUGUGACUCUCCUCCUUCUCCUCUUCCUCCCCUCUUUGACCAGCAGCAGCUCAGAGUGGCGAGGCCAGGGACAAUGGGACGCAAGCUGGACCUGUCGGGCCUAACAGAUGACGAGGCAGAGCAUGUGCUGAAAGUGGUUCAGCGUGACAUGAAGCUGAGGAAGAAGGAGGAGGAGAGGCUGAGUGAGAUGAAGCAGGAGCUCACGGAGGAAGGCAGCAGAUGCUCCAUCCUCUCCAAGCAGCAUCGUUUCAACGAGCACUGCUGCAUCCGCUGCUGCGCGCCCUUCACCUUCCUGUUCAACCCCAAGCGCCAGUGCCUGGAUUGCCAGUACAACGUGUGCAAGACCUGCUGCACCUACAUCAAGAGGGACCGAGCCUGGCUUUGCUCAGCGUGCCAGAAGGGCAGGGUUUUUAGGACACAGUCACUUGAAUGGUAUUACAACAACGUGAAGAGCCGCUUCAAGAGGUUCGGCAGUGCCAAGGUUCUGAAAACUCUGUACAGGAAGCACAUCAUCGAGAGAGGAACGUUCUCUGAUCUCCCAGGUAACUUCAGCGUCUGUCUUUCCUUUGACUGGCCGUGUGUGUGUGUGUGCGUGUAUGAACUACAUCAAGUCGCCGGCCUGCUGCCACAUUAGACAUGGUUGGAUGAAAGGGGUCUGUCCUGUUUGGCCGGAGACGUGUCAGACUUCAUCAAGCCAAAGUUAUCGGGUCUUAGUUGGAUCCACGGAUAGGCUUAUUAUUCUG